AUGCCGUUCCAGUUACCACAUCUCCCCGGCACCUCUACCCACCAUGAUAAGACUGAAGCCUCACUCGACGAUGUCCUACCCAAACCUACGCAAAAGGCAGACCUUCUCGUUCUGGUCUCAGAAUGUAUCGAGCGCAUGAGAGAAGGUGUGACUGCCAAUUUCGAGGAGCUGAAGGCACAACCAAAUGACUCUACUGAGUCUCAAAACGAACAGGAAGAAACACAAAAGAGUGUCUUGGAUCUGCAAUGGCUGAGCGACGACCCGGUCACAUCACCUCAGAUGCAAGCUCUAAAAGCAUCUGCACUAGAAUACUUCAACCAUUGGCGUACUUCGGUCAUAAAGAGAAUGCAAGAGGCACUACAUGUUCGCUCUGAUGCGUUAGAAGAUGCCAGAUCCAAAUAUCAAGGAGCUACCAGUACCUCACAUCCCGAGCCUCGUGGUAAUACUCCGCCCUCCACAAUCCCGUUGCCUUCCGGUGUGAACGCUUUGGACGAGAAAGGUCGUGCUCUAGUACUUGGUGCUAUCUUGUUCAUGCUACUAAGCCUGGAGCACUAUUCAGCUCAUUCUCGAAUUCUCUUGUCUCUCUUAUGCCAGUACCUUGAGCUACCUCAUGAUGUCCUGAGCACGGUCGAGGUCACAUCCGCAGCUACAUUGCUCGACGCAGCAUCUAAGGGCAUGGACGCGGAGGACGCCCGCAAGAAGGAGGCAGAAGAGGGCUCGUUUGGACGCAAAUGGAAAGUCGGUCUUGCAGGAGUUGCUGGUGCCAUCGCUAUAGGUGUCACAGGUGGCUUAGCAGCUCCCGUCAUCCUUGGUCUUGCCGGGACUAUCAUGGGUGGUGUCGGCUUAGGAGGUCUCGUAACCUUCCUGGGUGCUACCAUCGCGAACCCGAUCGUUAUCGGAGCAAUGUUCGGAAUGUAUGGCGGAAAGAUGACCAGUCGUGCCAUGGAUGCUUAUGCAAAAGAAGUCAAUGACUUCAAGUUCCUGCCAAUCAGUGACAUCAAGCCCGAGCCUGCUUCAAAAUCCGAGAAAGGUGUCCCAUCUCACAAACUACGUGUUGCUAUUGGCAUCAGUGGUUGGGUCACAAAUGAAAGCGACGUUUCCCGAUCAUGGCGAGUCUUCUCCUCCGUGAGCCUCGAACCCUUCGCUUUACGCUAUGAGUUGGCUGCACUUAUCACCUUUGGUACGGGUUUGACCAAUUUGCUGAAGAACACCGGCUUCAAUUAUGUCAGAGGGAAAGCCAUCAAGUUCGUUUUACCUACUCUGGCGGCUGCCAUGGCACCUCUUGGCCUGCUCAAGGCGGGUCAACUUCUCGACAACCCAUUCACAAUCGCCAUGGAACGAAGCGACAAGGCUGGCAAAGUUCUAGCCCAUGCUCUUAUUGAUCGGGUUCAAGGCGAACGACCUGUGACACUUGUCGGUUAUUCUAUGGGCAGCAGGGUUGUCUUCUCAUGUCUGCAGGAACUUGCAGCAAGAAAAGCCUUUGGACUUGUCGAAAAUGCCGUCCUCAUUGGCUCUCCUGUUCCCAGCACAGAGUCUAGCUGGCGGAACAUGCGAGCCGUGGUCGCAGGCCGACUAGUCAAUGUUUAUUCCGAACACGAUAUGAUCCUUGGCUACCUUUACCGUGCCAGAAAUCUUACCUUGGCAAUUGCUGGAUUGCGAGAGAUCAAUGCCCCACUGGUCGAGAACAAAAACGUGUCGAGCUUUGUUUCUGGACACAACCAGUAUCGGUUAGCCAUUGGUCGAAUCUUGAAAGAACUCGAUUUUGCAGACCUUGAUUUGGAUCAAAUUGCCCAGGAAAAGAUCGAGCUUGAGCACGAAAAAAUAUACGAAGAGGAAGCCUACCAACAAGCUAAGAAAGAAGGUCGCUUGGAAGGCCUUGAGGACGAGGAUGGUCAUGUCAUGGUUAAGGAUCAUCCAUCGCAAAACAAGGCACAGGCUGAAAAAGACACUACUACUGAUGAAUCGCAAAUCAUUGACAAACUCGAGCAAAUGGACGUCAAUGAUUCGCAGAAGUCAAGUGCGAAGAUGGCGUAA